AUGAUCUGCUCAAAGUUUGCUCGGUCUGCCCCACUUUCCCGCUUCAUUUCGCGUCCCCUUACAAGUUGGCAGUUGGCAUUCGACAAACACGGAGAACCCCUGGAUGUUUUACACGAACGUCAGCAACCCAUUGAUAAUUUGUCCGAUGGCGAGGUCCUUGUAAAUUUCCGAGCUUCGCCCGUAAAUCCGUCGGAUAUUAACACGAUUCAAGGAGUCUAUCCACUUAAGCCAAAAAUCCCAGGAGUUGCUGGUCAUGAAGGGGCUGGUUAUGUAGUUGAAUGUGGCAAAAAUGUUCAGUCAUUACAGCCUGGAGAUCUCGUUAUUCCGGCCUUGCCUAGUGCGGGAACAUGGCGAACACUCGCUAAUUUCGAGGAAGCACAUCUAAUAAAGCUCAACCCAAAGCUUCCACUCAUGAAUGCUGCUGUAAUUAACACAAAUCCUUCCACAGCUUACCUUAUGUUGAAAAACUUUGUGGAUCUUCAACCAGGCGACUGCAUCAUUCAAAAUGGCGCUACUAGUAGCGUUGGUAUUAACGUUAUACAGAUGUGUAAACUACUUGGAAUCCAUUCAAUUAAUCUGUUCCGACCGAGAUCCACUCAUGAAGCAACCGAGGCGACCCGUAAAUUGCUGCUUGACUACGGCGCGUCACUCGUCCUUACUGACGAUGAACUUAAACAGUCCACUAAAGCCAAAGAGUUGGGUAAAGUGAGGCUGGCAUUGAAUUGUCUCUGUGGAAAACCCGCGCUUUCACUCAUGAAACAGCUCGAUAAUGGUGGUGUACUUGUGACUUACGGUGCCAUGACCCGACAGCCAAUUCCUGUACCGGCUGGACCUCUAAUUUUCAAAGAUAUCCAACUGCGCGGUUUCUGGGUCUCAGGAUUUGCCAAGAAACCCUCUUUUUUGAAGAAGCGCUUGGAAAUGUUUGACAUUGUGUCCCAGUGGAUGAUUGACGGCAAGUUACACCUGCCGCCGCAUGUCAAGGUGCCGCACACUGACUGGAAGAAAGCUAUGGCCGAAGCUUCUUUUAAAGAUGGAACUCCUUGUGCACCAACCAAAAAGAAUGUCCUUGUUUUUCCAGAAUGUAAAUAG